UAAACCAUUGUCUCGCCCCGCACGCCCCACCGUCGCCUUGACCAAUCUCCAGCCCUGCGCCCCUCUCCCCCCCUGCCGCCCGGGGAACCCCAACCCCAACCCCAACCCCGAAGAUGGGAGCUCUCACAACCCUAACCAAGUGGAUCCGAGAGGACGAUCUCCUGCUCAAAAACGCCAUGGAGGCUGGUGCUUCCUUGGAGUCAUUGGCUAAAGGUGCAGUGCCCUUUUCUCGUCAAUUUACUCUUCAAGAACUACAGGACCGUUGGUAUUCACUUCUCUAUGAUCCAGAUAUCUCAGCCGAGGCAUCUGCUCGUAUUAUUGAAUUUGAGAUUGAACUUUCCAUAUCCAAUCCUCCCAAAGCUAAUCGAACUUGCACUUCCAAAGGAAAAGAUUCUUUAUGUGGGAAACGAAAAGGGGACAGCAUACGAAGUCAUUACUAUGCCAUGCGAAAGAGAGUUUGUAAUGAACCUUGUAGUUCUGCUAAUCUGGGCUUUCUUAUGCCACAAGGCCCACACAUCAGUACUGGCAAUAGUUAUGGCUGUGGAGACCAGUUAGAACCUCAUGGUCAGCAUCCAGCUGAUGAUACUUCCCUAGGGGAGCCUUUCUUAAAUUGUUACGGACAUCAAGAAACUGACUAUCAUAAUGGACAACAUGAUUUCUCUGAUAUGCUGAGGGUUGAUUCUGCUGCUGCCUGUGGUAAUAUUGCUUGCCAUGCAUUUCGUACAGAGCAUGUGAACUCAGUUGAAGAUGAACUUCCAGAUCAGAUAGUAGAUAGGGACUGCUUGUAUGGAUACACACAGAAUAUUUCCUCUGCGUCAAUUGACAGAGCAGGAGAAAAUAAUGCAAAUCAGUCACUUGGACAUGACAACAUACAAAAAGAUCAUCUGCAGAUCCUUAGAGAGGAUCUUAAUUCUUUAAAAGCCUGUCAAGAUGUACAGGACAUUAAGCUACUGCAACCAUUAUCAACGAGCAACCCAUAUGACAACGAAGUUACAGAAACUAAUCUUGACCAGUAUGAUGGUAAUGAAGAUGGUUUUGCAGGAAAAGAUAACAUAAGUUCGCAAGUUCCAGAAUGUGGGGACUCGCUCCAUCAACUUGGAUGUUCAUCUCCAGCACCCGGCCUGCCUGUUUGGGGAACGGUUCAGAACAUGUCUGCACCAACUAUAGCAGUGGGUAUGCACUUUGAAGAAAAAGAACAUGAGAUUCUCACUGUUAAUGAUAGUAAGAACAUGGAUAUGCCAGGAUGUGAUGCUAUCACCUCAGAACCCAAGUCGAAUCAUGGGAUGUCUGAUGCUGGCUUAGAUGACGCAGCAGUAAUCUCAGAAAGUGACUUCAUGGAUUUUUCUAACAUAGAUUUUGCUGAUGACGAGGGGCUCCUUUUCAUUGAUGUGGAUGAGGAAGAUAUUGAAAAUAACUCCUGCCUAAAUGGUCUAGGCUCCAUGUUGUUGAAUUCUCCUAGCGACACACAUCAAGAUGAUGCCCCCAACUCAAGUGAUCCCAAAGCUACUGAGGUUUUGGACUCAUGCAUCAUGAUUCCUGAAGGGACAUGUCCUGGUGGGACCAAUGAUAAUUGUGAUCAGAUAUGUUCUGUCCAUGAUAAUGAUCAUGGUUUUUGUGUUUCAGAAGUUAAUCUGCCAUCUUCUUCUUUGAAAAAACAUCAUAUUAUUGACCCUCUCGAAGGGUUUGUAAUCUGUACAUUGAACACAGAGGAUCCUGAAAUCCCAUGCAAUGAUGAUGUCUUUUUACCCACUCAAGUGCUUCCACAAGUUCCUAUGUCUACAUGGGAACACACUUCUAAGGAACAAAGUGGUCCGAUUUCCUCCUCUAUCAAGAUGUUAUCCAAUGAUGGGAAACAUACUUUUAAAGACCUAACCAUGGUAAAGGAGGAACAAUUGGGAAUUGCACAUCCUCUUCUAUCCUCCAUGAAGGCAAAGUCAUCCACAUCACUAAAAGUGGGCACGAUGCUCUCAACUGAUGGUUGCACGGUAGAAGCUGAGUCCUUUAAAAGUAAUUCCAUAGCUGGAGUCUCCAGAUUUGCAGGCAUUGCUGUUGAUGACCCGAAUUUAUGCACAUCAGCAAAUGUUGCCUUACCCUCAGCCCCAGUUGCUGCCUUGAAGGAAGAAAGUACAACUCAAGAUUCAGGGAAACCUGGCAAAUCCAACACGUCUAUUGAUUCUUUUAUAGAGAAGCCAGUUCAGGUGUCUGAUCAUUCUAAACUCUAUGCCUUAAGCAUAGUUGAUGGUUGCAAAGAGGAAGCAGAUAUACAAGCAACACAAUGGAAUUUUGUGCCAUCCCAUGCAGAUUUGGUUUCUGCAGAGUUGGGUCUUUUAGAUCCAGUGGCAAAUAUGUCUACUUCAGAUCAAGAAGAGCAAAUUUCUGACAGUGAAAAUGAAGUACCCAGCUUUUCUGACAUUGAGGCUAUGAUACUUGGCAUGGACUUAGGUCCUUAUGAUCAGGAUUCCAGCCUUUUCACCAGGGAAGUGUCGAGGUAUCAGUCUGCGGGUAGCAAGAAGGCCAUCAUGAGGUUGGAGCAAGGUGCUCGCUCUUUUAUGAAUAGAGCUAUUUUAUCUCAUGGAGCUUUUGCAGUUUUUUAUGGCCGCCGUUUGAAGUAUUUCAUAAAAAGUCCGGAGGUAUCACUUGGAAGAGCGACAGAAGAUGUAAAAGUUGACAUUGACUUAGGAAGAGAAGGACGUGCUAAUAAAAUAUCUCGGCGUCAGGCAAUUAUAAAGAUGGAUGAUGAUGGAUUAUUUCUCUUGAAGAAUACUGGAAAGUGUUCAAUCUUUGUCAACAGCAAGGAAGUAGCGGCUAAAAAGCGUAUAAAUCUAAGUUCAGGUUCUUUGAUCGAGAUCAGAGACAUGAGGUUCAUUUUUGAGGUGAAUCAGAAAGCAGUGAGACGACACAUUGGCCAAAAACAGAAGAAUACAAGAUUUGAAUGGACUCCAGGCCAGAACCCAUGAACGGAUGCAGGGGAUGGUGAUUUUGUGGUUGCAUUCCACGAUCUAAAUCAUGCAUUAUUAUCUUCGAUCAAAGGGGCAGAGCCAUACAGAUUAUGCCCACUCUUAUGUACGAGGUUGCAUUAUUAUCUUCGAUCAAAGGGGCAGAGCCAUACAGAUUAUGCCCAUUCGAGACUAUGCAUCUUUGUAUACAUAGAUUACUUUAAAUUUUCUCUUAAUAAAUACUGUACAGUGGUAGAUCUUUAAUACAAAUGUCAAGAAGUUGGCAGCUGUUUUGCUACGGUUAUGGAAGAACUGCGUUGAAAGCUGAAAUUGUAACAUGAAAGCUCAUCCAUUGAAAAGAAGCUGAUCUUGUGGUUCCAAGUUUGUAAGUUAAACAUUAUAGCUUCCUUUCAAACAGACAUCAAUUCUGCUAA